UGUAUGCAUGUAUCUAUUUACACAGUGGAGUCACAUUCCUUCCUUGGCAAAAGAGGUCACACUCUUGCCAACUCCUCUGAUAUGACGUGUUUGGUUUCCUGUAUCAUCUUUGGCUUUUCCUGUACUUGCUCCCUUUUAAACAUAAAAUCCUAAAACUGCAGAUAAUACUCACAAUUUGCUCUUUAUAUCUAAUGUUUUUUGCAGCUGUUAGAAAAUGACCAAUUUCUGAAGUUUUGAGCAAAAUGGAAGUAAUGCUCAGCUGCACCACAAUUGCCAGGGGUAUUCCACGAACCAGGAAAGAAUGGGGAAAAAAAAUACGAUGGAACAGAUGUUUCAAAGAUCAGUUUCAAUAGUCUUCAAGCACUGAUAUAUUUUGAAGCUUGUUUUGAAAAUUUAUAGCUUCAUGAUUACUGUGCCAGGAUAGACACCUGUAACAAUUUAUUUAAAUUUUAAUUUGCAAGUGUGGAUCUUGGACAUAUGAAUCUUGUUCUUCAUUGCCAGCCCCUGUAUUGCAGAAUGACUGUGUUGUGCGCAAUGAAACACUUAUGUCAAGCAACCAGAAAUGAGAACAGAUACGCAAAAAGGUUCUUUGGUACUCUUCUGACACAGACACCACAAAAGUGGUUCUUUUUUCCAUUCUGGAUAGUGGUACCUGACCCCAGAAAGUCAACUGUGUUUGCACUUACUCAGCCAUUUUGUACAGCUGAAAAAUCUCAGACAGAACCAAAAAGGAAUACAGCAUUUGGAAGUGUUGGGCGAAGAAUUCCCUAUCGUAUUUUGCAUGUAAUCAACCAGGAUGGAGAGAGCUUAGGAAACAUGCACCGAGCAGAUGCACUCAAACUUAUGGAUCAACAUAACCUGAAACUAGUUCUCCUUAAAGAGAAUGUAGAACCUCCAGUGUACAGACUAAUGACUGGGCAGCAGAUCCAUGAAGAACAGCUUAGACGUGCAGAGAAGAAAAAAGCAAGUCCAAAACCAGGAGUGGUUCAGAAGGAGCUAUCCUUUUCUUCAGCUAUUGCCAAAAACGACUUGGAAAUCAAGACUAAACAGAUAGCACAGUGGAUUGGCAAGAAAUACCAUGUUAAAGUUACCAUCCGGCAAGCAAAAGGUAGCAAUACGGACAUGUCCAUGCUUUUUGAUCAAAUUUUGGAGACUGUGUCUGAGAAAGCCACUUAUCUUUCCAAGCCAAAAGUUACUAGAGAAGGAGUAAGUGCCUGUAUUUUGAGACACAUGUCUGACAAAGAGUUGAAAGCACACCAGAAGAUGGAAAACCAGAAAAACAGUACAGUAAAGAAAGAUGAAAAUGAAGAUCUGAAGUCAAAUGAGUUGCAUCAGUGACUUUAUGAAGUGGUGUAAACAAUACUAAUUUAUUAAAAAAUAAAAUAAAAAUA